UGUCUGCGGAGCAGCUGGUGCCCGGAGUCCGUGGGCCUCCCGGCCAGCACGAGUGACAGCGACCUUCUGGGUUUAUAAUUAAGGGCUUAAAACGCCAGAGCGUCCCCCGCCGCUGGCCACCAACCCUCCGGCCCCAGCAGCCCUCGCUCUGAUCCCGGUGACCCAGGAGGCACAGUCUGAGACAGCAGAGCCACUGCCAGAAGGAAGAAGGGACGAGACCCAGUGGGACACUUAUCUCCGUGCUUUCCAGCCCGUGUAAGCCGCAGGUGCAGUUGAGAGAGAACCUGGAGCCAGGAUUAAUAACCUAUUUAUGAAGCAUCUUAUUUUGUGACGAAGCUCUAUGAUCAGUGGCAACGUAAAUGGCUCAGCUCCCCGCCGGCAUCCGCUUCAUCGUCUCCUUCUCCAGGGAUCAGUGGUACAGAGCCUUCAUUUUUAUUUUGACAUUUCUGCUGUAUGCAAGUUUUCACUUAUCUCGAAAGCCUAUCAGCAUAGUUAAGGGUGAGCUCCACAAGUAUUGCGCUGUGUGGGAUGAGGCUGAAGUCAGAUUCAGCAGCCAGAGCAACAAAGCCGGGUAUGUUACCCCUCGACAGCUCCCAGACAACAAGACUGACUGCGGCUGGGCGCCAUUUGAUAAGGACAACUAUCAGCAGUUGCUCGGCGCCCUGGAUUACUCCUUCCUGUGUGCGUACGCCAUCGGGAUGUACCUGAGCGGCAUAAUAGGGGAGCGCCUGCCGAUUAGGUAUUACCUGAGCUUCGGGAUGCUUGCCAGCGGCGCCUUCACGGCCCUGUUUGGGCUGGGGUAUUUCUACAACAUCCACAGUCUGGGAUUCUACGUGGUAACUCAGGUCAUCAACGGGCUGGUGCAGACCACGGGCUGGCCCAGCGUCGUCACCUGCCUCGGCAACUGGUUUGGAAAAGGAAGGCGAGGUUUGAUCAUGGGGGUCUGGAAUUCCCACACCUCUGUGGGCAACAUCUUGGGGUCGCUGAUUGCUGGCUACUGGGUGUCCACGUGCUGGGGCCUGUCCUUCAUCGUGCCGGGGGCCAUCGUGGCAGCCAUGGGGAUAGUGUGCUUUCUCUUCCUCAUUGAACAUCCCAAGGACGUCAGGUGCUCCUCCACGCUGUCCACGCAUUCCAAAGGCUAUGAGAAUGGUACGAACAGAUUUAGACUCCAGAAGCAAAUCUUAAACAGUGAAAAGAACAAGCCUCUGGACCCAGAGAUGCAGUGCCUGCUGCUGUCCGACGGGAAGGGCUCCAUCCACCCGAACCACGUCGUCAUCGUCCGGGGGGACAGUGGAAAUGGCACAGCGGCCAUCAGCUUCACAGGAGCCUUGAAAAUUCCAGGUGUGAUAGAGUUCUCGCUGUGUCUGCUGUUUGCCAAGCUGGUCAGCUACACGUUUCUCUUUUGGCUCCCGCUCUACAUCACAAACGUGGAUCACCUCGAUGCCAAAAAAGCAGGGGAGCUCUCCACCUUGUUUGACGUGGGCGGGAUCUUCGGUGGAAUCCUGGCAGGUGUGAUCUCAGACCGACUGGAGAAAAGGGCCUCCACCUGCGGCCUUAUGCUGCUGCUCGCAGCCCCCACGCUCUACACGUUCUCCACCAUCAGCAGAAUGGGGCUGGAAGCCACUGUAGCCAUGCUGCUGCUCAGCGGGGCGCUGGUCAGCGGGCCCUACGCGCUCAUCACCACUGCCGUCUCCGCCGACCUGGGGACUCAUAAGAGUCUGAAAGGAAACGCCCACGCCCUGUCCACCGUGACCGCCAUCAUCGACGGAACGGGGUCUGUAGGAGCGGCCCUGGGCCCCUUGCUGGCUGGGCUCAUAUCCCCGUCUGGGUGGAGCAAUGUGUUCUACAUGCUGAUGCUCGCAGAUGCCUGUGCCUUACUGUUCCUGAUCCGCCUCAUACACAAGGAGUUGAGCUGCUCAGGGUCAGCGACGGGGGACCAAGUUCCGUUCAAGGAGCAGUGACCACUCAGGUCCCACGCGGGGAGUCUGGGCUCAGCCUCCACAAACUGUCCUUCAAGGAAAGUUCAAAUAAAGGAUCCUGUGUUGAAAAGAAUGGUUUACUCUUGCCUUUUGCACGUGCACCUAGAAAAGACACAAAAGCCAACCCGAGAAUUCCUGGUACUAUUUUAAACGAGACGUGGGGCCCAGAGCAGAACAAAGAAGGUCCACGGAACUGCUGUCCCGCUGCCUGAGUGGAGAAAGGCGACCCAGCCAGACAAAGGCCCCGACGGCAUGUGCCUAGCCCGCCACUCACAUGCGCUGUGGCAGCGACGCAGGACGGAGAGCUGGCGCCCAGGUAGGCUCCGCCCCUCUCAGGUGCUUCAGCAACAGGACGUCCGCGUGUCCAAGCACCGCGCUGGCAGGAGCUCUGGCGGCAACGUGCUGCCGUUUCCAGAGAGCCUGAGCGUGCUGUGUGAAAACACGGGACACUGGAACAUACAAGACCACGCAGCCAGCAGGGAGCCCGCCUGACACCCGGGUCAGAAACCAAGACAGCACUCGGACCCAUCACGUCACCCAGAGAUUUUUCCAGCACUUUCCGUGUUCUGUACUGACUUCAGAACUGACUGUCCGGUGAUGAAUGGCAGUGAAGCAAUAAACCUGCCUGCGGAUGGGGGCCCCAGGAGUGCUGGCCCCAGGGCCCCCCGUGGCCCCUGUCCCCCCCAGCUCCCGGGUGUCCUGAGGUCCCCCAGGGCUGAGACUGCUGGUCCACCGCUGGGGCCGGGGCCGAGGGCCUCACCCUGGGUGCUGGGAGUGGCAGGUCACGAGCCCGGCAGUUGAGUCACUGCAGCGCACGCACAAACACCUGGGACCUUUUCUAGAUUCAGAGCAGCAGAGUGAAUUAUUUAUUUAAAAUGCGUAAUGUGUUAUAUGAAGUUUAAGAAAUGUAAAUGGCGUUUUGUUAUUUAUUAAGACAAACUCCAAUUGUUCUCUGGCCGUUUUUCUCAGUUGUGUCUCGAAAAAUACUUAUCUGCCCUUUGAAAUAAAAUGGUUUUUCAAAAAAACUCCA